AGAGAGAGAGAGAGAGAGCAUUACGCACCACCCUGAUCCUCUCCACUCAGAUCAGAACCAGUGUGGUUUCAGACAGGCAGCCUCACAAAGUGGGAAGUUUUCCUCAAAAGGAUUCUGUCUGCAGAUUAAUCUCCUUCAUGUGGACUCUGUCGGAUACUAACCCGCCGAUGCUAUGGUUACCUUUAUUACGAUCUUACAGGUGAAUCUAGUGAUGUCCAUCCUGCUGUAUAUGAUGGUCCUUGUGUACCUCUAUGGUAUCCAGGCAACCAACAUGGACAGCGGUCGCCAGGGGCAACAGCAGCAGCAGCCGAGUCCCGACCCCUUAAACUCCCUCAUCAUCCAGCUGCUUCAGGCGGACCUGACGAGGGGGAAGACCAAGGCGAACCAGAGCCAACAGGGGAAAAGCAGGGACACCGAGCCCCAGGACACGCUGCCUCCUCUCCUCAGCGCAAACUUCCCUUUAGAGGAGCAGGGCGACGCGGAGCAGUGGGGGAGUCGCAGCGGCGAGGGCAGCGACGGCGUGGUUGACCAGCAGGUGACGUUGUUGAACUCGGACCUUCUCAGGCAGCACAAGCGGUACAACUCGCCUCGGGUUCUGCUGAGCGACCGGCCACCGCUGCAGCCGCCGCCGCUGUACCUCGCGGACGAUUACGUGAGUGGCGGAUUGGACGGGGCGGCGGGGAACAAGACGCGGAAGAAGCGCUACGCCGAGCACAAGAGCUAUCGCGGGGAAUAUUCUGUGUGCGACAGCGAGAGCCAGUGGGUGACGAAUAAAACCCAAGCAGUGGACACCAGGGGGGACCCCGUCACGGUUCUGGGCAAAAUUAAAACCACCGCCGCGCAGGACAUCAAACAGUACUUUUACGAGACGCGCUGUCGGACCCCCAGGCCCUUCAAGGGCGGCUGCAGGGGCAUCGACGACAAGAACUGGAACUCGCAGUGCAAGACGACGCAGACGUACGUUCGAGCACUGACGCAGGUUCGUAAGACAGUGGGCUGGAGGUGGAUACGCAUAGACACUUCCUGCGUCUGCGCGCUGUCAAGGAAACGUCACAGGACGUAACCAAAACAAGACAAGCCUUGCCGGUGACUACCUGUUUGGAAUUCUACUUCCUAUAUAGGAUUUUACUUCCUGUUCACGGCACUCCCCACCACAGGAUUAUGUGCCACGGUGGUGACGAGCAACACUCUGCUAUAAAAUGAAACUUUUACUGAAGACAUCUUGGGUCCAUUUAUAUGAUAUUUCACUUUAAUGUGCUGCAAAUCCACAAGCCGGGUGCAGCGCCGCUGUUACGGAAGAACUCUUAUUUCCAGAGGGGCUGGGGAGGGAGUGUGUGAGGGGGGAAACUGUACAUAUAAAUUAUUUAAAUUAUAUGAAAUGCAUGUAGUUUAUACAUGUUUAUCUAUCUAUAUAUGACGUAUGAAUAUAUUUGUGUUAUUUAUUGAAAGAAGUUCUUCUUGGAAAAGGAAGAAAAUGUCUAUAAAAAAAAAAGGAAUGAAACAAGCUAUGGACUCAUUUUGAGACUAUAAUACGGAGCUGGGCUGCAAAGGUGCUUCACAGUAAGACUUUACAUGUGCCUUGACCAGUGUGGCUGCAGAGCAGAGACACAGGACAUGGUAACUCACAGACAAGCAGUUGCCGCAAAUGUGACGGCGGCCUGUUCUGUACCGUCCAAUGGACCAAUAUGGGGCCCAAAUUCUUUACCUCUUAAAUGAGGUGACCAAAACACUGAUUUGAGAUUUGUGACCAAACAUAUACAUUUACACUGCGUUCACAACUGACCAUACUGUUAUGUUGCAAUACACCACGAGUCUAUUCAUUCCUCUGGGAGACAGUUUUAACUAAAUAGGAAUACAUUUUGUGGAAUCUGCUGGCAGUGAUUGAGAGAUUCAGGAAAAAUCUGUUUGGUGUUCAUCAGACCACCUUGACUCUGUUCACCACGUUUGACUCUCAACUGUUAUCAUGAGCUGUUUUUGUUUCUUCCUAUUAAUAAAAAACUAUAUUUCUUAAA